AUGGAGAUGGGCCAAAUGGACAAUGGGACCACAGUGACGGAAUUCAUUUUGCUUGGAUUUGGAGUCAGCCAACAGGAGCGGUUCCUGCUCCUCAUCUUUUUCGCCAUUCUCUAUGUGCUCACAUUGGCUGAGAACCUCACCAUCAUCAUACUGGUGGUUCUGGACACCCACCUGUCCCGCCUUCCCAUGUAUAUCCUGCUGAGCAACUUCUCCUUGCUAGAGAUCACUUAUGUGAGCACCACUGUGCCCCGGUUGAUCUUUGAUCUGACAACCCCUCAAGGCGUCAUCUCUUUCAGGGACUGUUUCUUCCAGUUCUACCUUUUAUUUUCUCUUGGUACCUCUGAAGAUCUGUUCCUCUCAGCCAUGGCCUUGGAUCGGUACUUGGCCAUCUGCCACCCACUGCGCUACCCACAAAUUAUGUCCCACGAUUUCUGUUUUGCUCUGGUGAUUGCUUGUUGGGGCCUUGGCUUCAUGGCCUACAUCAUUCCAGUGACUAUGAUCUCCAAGUUGUCCUUCUGUGGCCCCAACAUCAUUGACCAUUUUUUAUGCGAUGCUGAGCCCAUCCUGUCCCUGGCCUGCCCACCCCUAGGAGUUACUCCCUUUGUCUGUCAGAUGUUUGUUGAUACUUUGGUUUUAAGCAUUGUGUUGUUUAUUGUGGUCUCCUAUGGCACUGUGAUUGUCACCCUGAUGAAACCCUCUUUCAAGGGCAGUCGGAGGAAGGCCUUCUCCACCAUAUCCUUCCAUCUAAUAGUGGUGACGCUUUUCUAUGGCUCUGUGGCAGCUAUAUACAUCUGUCCAGAAGGAGAAAAUCAGGCAGAGGUCACAAAAGCUGUUACGCUCUUCUACACUUCCAUUACACCCUUUCUGAACCCCAUGAUUUAUUGCUUGAGGAAUGAUCAGGUGAAGGAAGCCUUGGGCAGGUUGAGGAGAAGAAAGGUGUCAUUACUGGGGAGAAAUAUUACAGUUUAA